UUCAAGUGUGAUCAGUGUCCACAGAGCUUCCAACGGAGUCACGAUCUCAAGCGGCAUAAACGAAUUCAUCUGGCAAUCAAGCCGUUCCCGUGUCCGAGUUGUGAUAAGAGCUUUAGUCGCAAGGAUGCGUUAAAGCGGCAUAUACUGGUCAAGCAGUGU